AUGGCAACACCACCAAGCUCACGAACCAUCCAAACGGUGAAGCACGAUCGUGAUAAGGUCACCGUGGAAAACAUCACCCACGAAGAAAAGAAUGAAAACCAGGUGGAAACCCUAGAAAGGGAGGAAGCCAUCACUCUAGAUUUUGUUGCCAUGCACAGAGAGAAGCUGGAAAAACAUCUCGAAGAUCUAGAAAGACAGGAGAAACUCGACAGGCUCAGGGCUAGGCUAUCCUUUGACACACCGACCAACCAGGAAGGAGCAGAUCCACAAAGAAAAAAUGAUGGCACUGACCCUCUUGAAACCUUCAUGACAGCCCUCAGGCAGAUGUUCUCGGAGGAGAGAGAAGAUCUCAUUACAGGGAAGAAACAGAAAGGAAAAGAAAAGGAAAAGGAGAAUCAAAACGAUGAUGGUCUGGAUCAGCCUUACCUCCCUCGGGAUUUGGCAGAGAUUUCAAAGUUCACUAGGAGGAUCGCUGAGGUGCCCAUGCACCCCAAGACAAAGCUGCCCCCGAACUUCGACAGGUACGACGGGACAAGAGACCCUGAGGACCAUCUCCAUGCUUUCAAAGGCGCAGGCCAGCUGGGAUGGUGGCCUAUGCCAGUUUGGUGCCACAUGUUUUUGCAAACUCUAACGGAGGGAGCCAGGGUCUUGUUUGACAGCCUUCCCCCAGGAGGAAUUAACAGCUAUGAAGAGCUAAGUGAAAAGUUCCUGAGGAACUUUGGUCAGCAAAGAAAGGUGAUCAAAAACCUAAACGAAAUCAUGCAUAUAAGGCAAAGGGACAGUGAACGGAUAGACCAGUACAUGGAGAGGUUCGUCAAAGAAAGUAUGAAUAUCAAGGAUGUCCCGGAGGUCAUGAAGAUCAGCAGUUUCAUUAAUGGACUGAAGCACGCACAACUAUGUGAAAAGCUAUGGGAGGAGUUCCCACAUUCGUUCGAUAAUCUCAUGGACAGGGCCAGGGCCUUUGUCAUGGGCAAAGACACGGUCAGUAAAUCUAAAGAAAUGGACACCCCACCCCGAAGGGUCAACCCCGCUACAAAACCUCCCGAAAAAGGUACACCUUACUCACGAAAACCAGCUAUUGAUAGAAUGAUGCAUGAUAGGACGAGACCCUCGUAUUCCCCAUACAGACCUCGGGGAAGAGGCUCGUUCCCUUACUCUGAUAGCUUCACCCCUCUAACUAAAACCCUAAGUGAAAUAUUGGCCACUGAGAGGGUGAAGAAUUCUUUUCCAAGACCCACCCCCAUAAAACCAGGGCCAAAGGCACAACCAAACGAAUACUGUGACUUCCACAGGGGAUUCGGUCAUAAAACUGAUGAUUGUAUGUAUCUAAAGAGGGAAAUAGAGGCCACGGUAAAAACGGGUAAACUGGCUCAUUUGGUCAAGGAAAUUAAGGAAGGAGGAGGGGACCGCAAAGGGAAAGAUGUGAGGGAGCCUGGAAGGGCAGAUGUAGACAUGAUUCGAAGAAGGGAUGAAUUUGAUACCACUAGGAGUGUAAAGGCCAAAGUCCUGGGCUCCCCAGACCGCAUGAAACCUCCCAUCUUGAUGCCACACUUGGAGGAGAACGAGGUACAGCGGCUCUCCCUCAACAUUUCAGCCAUAAUAGCUGGGCACAAGGUAGCCAGAAUACAUGUGGACGGGGGAAGUGGAGUGGAGGUGAUAUAUGAACACUGUUUCCUAAGAUUUGACAGGGAUGUGAGGGAUCGACUCGAAGAAGAUUCUAUCCCCCUAAUGGGUUUCAAUAAUAGUGUGUCACACCCCUUCGGAAAGAUCAGACUCCCGUUUACAGUCGGGGUUGGGGAUCGUGUCUGA